CAAACAUGGCGAGCAGGGAUGAGAAGAAGCGGCAUGCGGUCAAGGCCCGGGUCAAGCCCGCGCCUUGGGCGGCAAUCUCGCAGGGCAACCCGAUUGAAAAGGUCAAGGCAAAAUUCAAUGAUCUUAGCACAAAGACGACGGCAUGGAUGGAAAAGCAACCCGCGCCUGUGGAGAUUGGUUUGGCCACGAUAGGACAGGGGAUUCAGGGGGCGUUUAUAGGAGCUUUGAUGGGGCAGCUGACAGGGGACCUCACGCAGCAAAUGGGCACAGAGGGUCAAGUCCCGGGGCAGGCUCCGGGGCAAGACGUGAAGCUGGACAGCAUGAAGGCCAUAGCAGGGGGUCCGAUGGUGCAAGCUAAAAAUUUUGCGGUCAUUACGGGAGUGAACCAGGGGAUUUCGACCGCGCUCAAGCGGUACAGGAAAGGAAAGGACGAUCUUCUCAACCAAGUACUACCCGCGUUCGGUUCAGGCGCUGCGUUUUCGCUAGUAUCGGGCGUGGGGACUGAUUCACCGGGGGGAAAGCUACGAUCAGCACUUUCAUCGGGCGUUGGGUUUGCGGUCUUCCAGGGAGCACUCUACCAGGUGGGCCAGCGGUUUUCCCCUAAGCCGCAAGACGACUUGGACUACAUCCACACGCGGCGCGUCUUGCAGGACCUCGGCCUGGAGAAAUACGAGAAGAACCUGAAGCGCGGACAGCUGAACGACCGGGUCCUGCCGCUGCUGACGGAUAGUUCGUUGAAGGACGUACACAUCCCCCCGGGACCUAGGCUGCUCAUCUUAGAAGCUGUUCAUCGGCGACGACAAGAAAGCGCACCGCGGAAAGUGGUAGUACCAGCGGGAAAAACAGUUAUGAAGCCUUAACGAGUUGGCUCUGCAUCUUUGGAGACAGCGGAGGCAGUGGGUUCGCAUCUUUGAGAAUGACUUUCUGAGAUAAAGACGUCUGACGAGCUUGUACAUGGUGGUCGUUCGUCACUUCCGAAUAAAACGUUAGGCAUUUGUCGUCUUAGUUGUGUACAGCGGACAAAGGCGCACGCAUCAGCGCUCUCGGCGGGACUAAAUUGUUGCGGUGCAUACUGGUCUGGUGGAGGAGGUUAUGUUGACGUGCUUCUUUAUGCUACAUCCAAAUCGCAAAGGAAAGCUCUGGUCGAGUUCGUAAGGAUGCGCACAGCCAGUUGGGG